GUGUGUGUGUGUGUGUGUGUGUGUGUGUGUGUUUGGAAGGGUUCUGACCAGGCUGGAUGAAUGAAGAGUUAUGCCUUCAUGUAUAUCCUUCCGUAUUGAAACUCCGAGGAAUAUAUAAAAUGUAAAGAAAAUGGUGAAUUCUACAGAACAAAAAAAAAUCUAUAAAAACAAAGAUGAGCUCCAGAAAUAAACAAAGCAGGAAAAUGUAAUGAAAAUCUGAACUGUUGAGACCUUCCACUCAAGUGAUGUGAUAAUUAUAAGAAGGACAAUUAUUUUUUAUGCAUAUAUUUAACCUUUUUUCUAUUCAAGUGCAGACUUUCAAAUAGCAAUAUAUAAAAAGAAAACAUGUUCUUUUAAACCUCUGUAAAGUAGUUGAAAUAAAAAAAAGCAAAAGUAUAAAGUAUAAAGAAACACGAAAUAUACAAAACACUAAACAAAAUAAGAAAUAUAAAAAAAGACAAGCUCAACUCCCCCCAAAAAAAACAAAGAAAACGAGAAAACGUAGAGAAAAGAUGAACUCUAAGAGACGAUAACCGUAUUGAAACUCUGACACCAACCGCCAGAAUAUAAAGAACAAGACACACAGUACAGAGAGGCGUCUUCCCAGCACACAAGGAACCAAUGUUUACCACCUACGCCACCUCGCUGAGUACGCCGAGACUCCUGCUUUAUAUUCUACUUCAUAUUCUCGCCUCACUUCCUGUCUGAGGCAAAAACGACGAGGAAGAGUGUGACGGGUGUGUAUAAUAUUGAACGACACACACACACACACACACACACACACACACACACACACACACAGACUCGUACACACAAAACAGUUAAAAUAUUCACCACUAACUCAUCAUUUCUCAAACAUUUAGGUGCAAAUCACUACAAUAAAAACUAGUAAGCAAAUAGGGGAAAAAUAGUAAAAAUAGAUGAGUCAAUAUGUGACUUUUUGUCUUGUGUGCAAAUGUUAAUAAGUUGAACGAUGUUAUCCUUAAUGUUUAGUGUUUGGGUGGAGAGAGAGAGAGAGAGAGAGAGAGAGAGAGAGAGAGAGAGAGAGAGAGAGAGAGAGAGAGAGAGAGAGAGAGAGAGAGAGAGAGAGAGAGAGAGAGAGAGAUAUGACGUGGCGAUCUACAGGCAAGCAAGCAGACACACACAUCCACAGACACAGACACACACAUAUACACACAGACACACACACAAAGGAAUAUUCUCCCAUCAACUAAACAACUCCUUUUUUUUUAUCUCUUAAGAAUGGCAACCUAAAUAUAAAGUUAGUGAGACUUUGCAACCUUUUUUCUAUACAUGUAAAAACACCAAAUUCUUCAGAGUUUUCCUGGUAACUGAGAAGAGAGUGAGUGGGAGCCUUUGUGCACCUCUUAGUGUGGUAGUGAGAGAGAGUGAGUGGUGUGGUGCGUGUAGUGUGCGGUGGUGGUGUGCGUGUGACCUUCUGUGGUGUGUGUGUGUGGUGACUUGUUGUGUCUCGAAGUGUGUCUGGUGUUGCUAUCAGUGUUGGUGUGUUGAGAGUAACUGCAAGGUUGUGGUAAGGACGUGUGUGUGUGUGUGUGUGUGUGUGUGUGUGUGUGUGUGUGUGUGUGUGUGUGUGUGUGUGUGUGAUCAUGGUAGCACCACGACACUUCAGAACACUUGUGAUCUUAGCAGCCUUCGUUACAAUUUACCUCAAAGUCAUUACAUUGCUAACCAACAACAACAACAACAACAACAACAACAACAACAACAACAGUACAACAACAACCAACAGCACACCACAAAAAAGUACCCAACCCACAAUAAGAAAAAUCACAGCCACCACCACCACUACCACCACUACCACCACCACCACCACAACAACAACAAUAAGCAAAUUCACAUCCACCAUUACACUGACACACACAACCGCAACCACCACCACAACCAGAGCACCUUACAGAGCCACCUAGCGGGCAGGGGAAGGCAAAAAGCAGCAGCAGCAACAGGUGAGACUCAAACCUGUGCUCUGAUAAUUAAUGAAUACUUCUAUCAUGUGCAAUGACAGGGUGGAGUGGCGGGAAUAUUGGAUGUGGAAGGAUUUGAAUUAAUGUAUGUAUAAAUAUAUCGAAAUAGUGAAUGACUCCUCCUAAUGUUGCAAAAUGAAUGAAAAAAGGAUUGUUUGCUAUUGAGGGAUCAUUUUUUUAUUUUACAUAGUUUUUUUUUCUAUCUUCUAACUAUAUUUUUACUCUAACAUUUUUCUUUCUAUGAAUAUUUUUACUCAUCUCGUGUCUGGAUAAUUCAUAAUGUUAACUCCACUAUUCCCAGCGUUACAUGACCUCGUUACCGUGACGUCAAUUGCCUCAGUACAUCAAAGAAUCGAAACACUUCGCAUGAGUAAGAAUAUAAAAAUGCUACAGAAUUCAGUGCCGAUAUACGUGCAUUUAUACUCGCAAGAUCAGACAUUCUUUUAUUUCCCUUUUCAUCUUUUCAUUUAUUUUCACUGGGGAUUAGUUUUCUAAAGAUUUCUUAGUAAGUUUUUAGAGUACCUGAUGUUCUUAUUUUGUAGCGUGUACUUUUUGUCUUUGAGUCAUAACUUUAUAUUAAACUUUUAUUCCUUUUUGGAAUAAUCAAAUGUUAUCACGUUCUUAUUUUCUAUUAUCAUUUGUUGCUAUUUUUGUUAUCUACGUUUCCUUUCAUCAAAUAAUUCAUUAAUGAAUGAACCAUAACCUUAUUGUUUUAUUCAGUUUAUAUUUCUGUGGUCAAUAAAAUCUAAAAUCUAUCCAUCUAUCUAUUCUCCACAGAAGGCGAGGCAGAGAGCAUGGGCGUGGGUCACUUGGGCGUGCUGGUGGUGGAGGCGGCAGUGGGGGCGGCGGGGCUGGAGGUGCGAGUGGACGGGGUGAAGGUAUUCCACAUCCUGAACCAAACAGAGUCAAUACAAGGCCAGGUGGUACGGUUCCACGCGGGGCUCCACCUGGUGACCCUCGAUGAAAGGUCAGGCGCGGUGAUGCGUAGCCAGACCUUCCUCACCUGGCAGCCUGAGAGCAGCCGCCAGGUGGCUCAGGCGCUGCGGGACGCCGGCGAAGGAAGGCUGCUGCUCCUCGUGGGUCUGCCGGAGUUCACCAUGUACCUGGGGCACAAGGUGACACGGCAACUGGCGUCUUUUGGCUCAGUCUUCGCGGAACGGUUGGCCAAGGAUGAGGCGUGGUGCAUGGCGGCAUGGAAGGGCAAGGGUGUGGCGGGCGAGGGCCUCACCAUCAUCCCCCACAGCCACGGGUCACCCAGCAGGCAGGCGUCACCGGUAUCGCUGCGUCUCAUCAUUCCCCGUAGGCGACGUCAGAGAUGUACGUGGCACGCGGCGCCCGGCAUGGAGGAGCACGCCACCUUUUGCCGCACCUACGACGGAUACGGCGCCUUCUGCAGCUGCCACGAGCCGCCCUGGUCGCCGCGCCACGCCUCGCCUGUGCCCUACGCCGCGCAAGAGGUAAUCCCCGUGGCGGUGGUGACGGCGCGGCGCCUGUCCCGCGUGGUGCGGCAGCUGGGCCAGCUGUGGGCGAGCCCCGGUGGCCUCGACACGCCCGUGACGAUCUUCGUUGACGGCCACAGCCCCGAGGCGCGCAGUCUGGCGGCCCUGCUCAGGGUGCCCCUCGUGGAGCACCAAAACCCCGCCACGCCAGGCACCUCGCAGCGGGUCAAUGAACACGUCAGGUUCACGCUGGAGAAAGUGUUCCAGCUCCACCCGGAAGCUGACCUCGCCAUCAUCUUGGAGGACGACCUUGUGCUGGCCGCGGACUUCAUCCCGUACUUCCAACAGACCGCGGCGCUCCUUAAAUCUGACCCGUACCUCUUCUUCGUCAACGCCUUUAACUACAACUCUUACCCGCACACUGCCCAGGACCCUCGACGGCUUUACCGGGCGCAUGGCAUUCCCGGAUACGGUUGGAUGAUCACACGCAAGGCCGCCGCGGAGAUGCUGGCUGGCUGGGUACCGCUAAACCAGACGGGCGCUUCGUGGGACUGGUGGGUGCGGGCGCGGUUGAUGGGGGCGCGAGACAUGCUGAUCCCCGAGGUGCCUAGGACGCGACACAUGGGCGGAGGUGGAGUGCACAUUUCAGGGUUUGACCAGGUGCUCUUCUCCAGCCAGCCAAUCAACACCUUAGCCAACGUGACGCUCGAUGUGGACAGCGCAAGUGAGGCGGAGUACGAGGCCCGCCUCCUUCAGGACCUACAAGAGGCAGAGGUGGUGCCCCUGACCCGCCACCCCUGCCAGGUCACCCCCGUCCCCACGCACAAGACCAACAAGACGUACGUGAUCUACAUUUACCAACCGGACGAAAACAGGAGGCACCGCGCUUAUGAGAUUGUGGCGACGUGUCUUGGUAUAAAUGACAGAGACAUCCACGAAAACUUGAGGAUGAUGAUAACUUUCCCCUUCUUCGGUAACCAAGUCUACCUGGUGGCGUGUCCUGUGUCUCCGUACUGCCGGCCAGGGCGUCGAAAAGUAAUCUACCACCCAAAAGAAGAAGAUUAUCAAUACGCCCUUGAAAACCCAAUCAUGAAGCCAGCCCUCAAGGUGUCCUACGCCCUCAGGAUUCCCCCGCAGGACCCCCAGCAGGAGUUCGCCCUUGAGAAUAGGUACAUUGUGAACUAUACAGCGGGAGGUAGCGCCCCGCCCCCCACGGAGGAUGCCUUGCGUAGAUAGAGGAGUAGGUAGUGGUAUUCAGAGUGGGAAGAUGCUAGAUAGGUUGAUAAAAGAGAGAAUUGUAAACUAGAUAUAUAGAUAAAAGAAGGGAUUAUUAUAUGGUACUCUUGUUUUAGUCUUUGCUUUUGUUAGAUAAGUUGAUUGAUAGAUAGAUAGUCAAAUGAUAAAGAUAGAUAAAUAAAUAGAUAGAUAGAUGGAUAGACACACAGUUAUUUGGUAGCCUUUAAAGUAGAAAAAUGUCUCUCAACUCCAGACAAUCUCUCAAAUAUACAAACAGAUUGGUGAAUAGUUUGAUAGAUGUAUAGGUAAGUAAAUAAAUGGACAGACAGAUUAAUUCACAUAAAUUUCAAGUGAUUAAACCUGUGACACAAAUACAUGACCAUUUCUUAAUGAUAUAAUAAUGUACCAAUAAAAAAUAAACUCCCUUACACUCUCACACUCCCUCACUCUCCAUCACACUCCGUCACUCAUAUAAUUACACUUGAAAUUCAAUAAUUCACCAGAUCACACAAACCUUUCCUUGCAAAUCCUUUCUACUAUCUCUUCCCUCCUGCUUUUCCUGCUGCUACUGCUCGUUCUCCUUCUCCUCCUCUUCCUCGUCCUCCUUCUCGUUCUCUUCUUCCUCCUCCUCCUCGUCCUCCUCCUUCUCACCUACACCCACUGCUAAUUGAAACAAACACACAUCCACACCUAACACUACUUUAUCAUGUAUUAAAUUGAACCCUGAAUUAAUACCAGAAUAUUCUCGUAAUUUGUCACACGGUUCGACGCACGCCUGGGGAAUUAUUGUAGUCCUCCCUGUACGUUCUCGUUUUCUAUGCAUUUCUAUGAUUUUGAUGUGGCGAGGGAAGAUUAUGUAGACGUAAUGCGCUUGUUUUACUGGUGUUGUUAAUAUGAAUAUUCUCUCUUUCUCUCAUUAUCCAUCUACCUAUCUACCUAUCUAUCUCUUACUCAAAACUAUUGUAUAUCAAGGCUUAUUUUCUUAUAUUAUAUGCAGCAAAUUAACCAAGGACAUGAAAAUGGAAAAAAAGAAACGUUAAUCUGCCAUUCCAUAAAAUCAAAGUCAUAUCUUGUUAUCAUUUCACAGGUUUUAAGUGGAAAAGAAAUGAAUAAAUAAAUAAAUAUGUAAGCAGAUAAAUCAAUAACUUAAGGAAAGGAAAAGAGUGUUGCAGACCUUACGAACCAGAAAAGCACACCCAAAACACCUGCAACACACCUGGACCCACGUAAGUCAGGCUAUGCACAAGUGUCAGUUUACGUCAGUCCACACCUGUGCAGUUAUUUCCUCGCUGAGUCAAGGACGUGACGGAAUGACGAGAGGAAGGGAGGAGAGGUAUAAUAUUCUUGGCAGAGAGGCAAAGAAAAUAACUUAAUCAUAUAGCUGUGUUGUCUGUGAUUCACCGACACGCACAAUGGUUGAGGAAGAUGGAGAAUAUAAAUAAAGGUGUAAUUAUGGGAAAUGCGACAAAAGAGGGAAGCAAAAUAAAGGAAUAAUACGAGGAGGGAAUAAUAGAGACAAAUUAACGGUAUGAUUCCUGGACUUUCAAAUAUAUAAGUGUUAGUAUAAGGAAAGAAAAAAUUAUGGAGAAUACAAAGAACAGAAGAAAAUUAGGAAUUCCAUAAGAGAAAAUACUGAAAAGAUAAUUCGAAA